AUGAAUUUGAAUCAAGUGAAGGAUUCCCUCGAAAAAUCUGAAGAAAAUGAUUCAGUUGAGGGUCAACAAUCGAACACUAUUAAUUCUUUACCUCACAGAUUCUUCGAGCCCUUUAUCAUGCAAGGCAUCAAAUUGGAUAUUCUUGAACCUGGUCGAAUUCUUUGCUCCUUCACUGUCCCUCCUCGUCUUGUGGAUAGUAAAGCUGGGAAUUCAAUGCAUCAUGGAGCUAUAGCAACACUUGUGGAUUGGGUGGGUGCCUCUGUGGUUUACACUGUAGGAGCUUCAGCAAGUGGUGUUUCUGUGGAAAUCAAUACUUCUUUUUAUGAUCCUACCUACCUCGGUGAGGAGAUUGACAUUGAUGCUACCGCAUUACUUGUUGGAAAAGUAAUUGGCAUUGUUAAUGUCGAAUUGAGGAACAAAAAAACUGGAAAGUUAAUAGCGCGAGGACGACACACAAUGUACAUGGCUGUCCCCAGUAAGCUGUGA